AAUGCUUUUAUCUGCUGGGGGUGUGUGUCAUCAUGAGCCUCCUGCCAUCAGCCUCGUUAGCAGAUCUGACAUGUGAAGCUCUGCUCAUGCUGUCGGGGAACGUCUCGUGUAAGUUCUGGACAAACAUCAGCUGGAUUUUUAUUACAGCAGCACGGCUACAGCAGCUGUUACAAGCUUUUAAAAGGCGCUCAUUUCCCAGUACUGUCCAGCCAGUUUGUUCUAGCUGCCCCACUGUUAGUACACUUGAGACUGAAUUGAUUUUCAGUCUUUUCCAUUUCAUGGCCAUAACCACUAAAUGUCAAACCCUCAUCCUCAGUCACAACUUCCCCCCUUGUGGAUAUUAGAAAACCGUUAUUUUCCUACUAUUCCGUUUCCUCGCAGACCUCUGCAGCACAUCCAGAGGAGUCACACAAGCACGCACAAAUGCACAGGAAUGAUGUUCUUGUUAUUUGCCCCAGGAUACAGUCAUAAAAUCAUUCCAGGUAGCUCUUAACAGAGUAAUGAUAACGCUCUGUUAUCAUGCAGUCACCCUGCUCAGCUGAACCGAUUUCAUUCGCUUCAUAAUUCAUCAAAAAUUAUCUGCAGAGGAAAUUAAAUUAUUAUUUUUAAUUAUCUUUAUUUGUUUUGGUAAAUCUGUUAAGACGUUAUUUAAAUAAAAAUGUUCAUGACUCAUUAUCUGAUGUCAACAGUCCAAAACCCCAAAAUAUCCAGUUUAUUAAGCUAUAAAAUUAUUAAACCAAUAAAAGAUCGCAUUCUUAACUGGAAUUAUAUGGGUUUUUUUAAUGGGGGCAAACCACAGAAACAGAAAUAGUAAUGAAAAGAAUUUCUCAUUAAGUCGACUCUGUUCCCUGUAGAAACAGUGUUUUUUUGUUUGUUUAAAAAAAUGUGUUAACAUAACAUGACUACACAGUUAUUUUCUGUCUUAUGCUUCUGCUAUUUAUGAACUAUGGAUUUUGGCAAGCUGUCGCUCCAAUCUUGGCCAAUGGAGACAUGUGUUACAUUUUUAGUCCCAGGCCUCGAGAUUCAACUCAGUGGCAUGCAAAACUUGCGUCACAUCCAUAUGUCACAUGUCGCAUUUAUAUUUAGUUAAAUGCAAUAAAAUUGAGUUUGGAUAUGAUAAUUACGUUCAUGCAAAUCUUUUUUUAAUUGCAAGCAUCGAAUCUUUGGUUGCAGAAACAGGAGUUUUGCCUGUUGAUUAUCUAAUUUUCAGUUCACGGGUGACAGACACAGGUGAAAUCAAAUGGGCCCAAGCAGUAAAUCAUAUGUUAACCUGUUCAAAUUUCCUAUUUUCCAUAUGCAAAGAAAGAGAAGUAAAUUCUGACACCAGCCUGAGAGGUUAAUGUGUGAUUUUAUGUAAGUAAGCAAGAAUACACUCAACUACUAAGCAGCUACACUCUAUUACACUCUAAUAAUACUUACAUCACAGCUCCACAUCUGGAAAACUGGUACAUUUUGUUUUUAAACUUCACCUUCCAAAGUCUUCCAAAGUCCCACUCGACCCUCUGGGCCCUGCGUUUGACAUCCCUGAUCGAAACAAAAGUACUGGGACAUAUUUCUGAACCUUUAAAUUCACUUGUUUUCUGUCCCAAGGGUGCAUAAAAUCCCCAACAAAGCCAUCUGCCUUUAUUUGUGAAAGAAUCUGUGAAAUUACACCACGGCAUAAUGGACAGAAAUCUUGAAGCUGUGAUCAGAUGACACCCAAAUCCAGUUUUAGCUUUUCUGGUCCACCCGCCGUGUUUGAGAAAUGCAGAGUAUGACCCAAAGAGCACCAUCCACACAGUCAAGCAUGGAGGUGGAAACGUUAUGCUUUGGGGCUGUCAUUCUGUUAAGGGUAUGGAACGACUUCAACACGUCGAGGGGGCCGUGUACCGUAAAAUCCUGGAUGAGAACCUUCCCUCAUCCAGAAUCAUAAAGGUCGGAAGAUGGGUUUUCCAGCAAGACAAUAUCACCAAGGCAACAAAGGGGCAGCUAAAGAAGUCAUACAGUGGCCUAGCCAAGUCAUAUCAUGCAAAUCUAUUUAUAACUUUUAUAUAAUAUGUGUGUUUUUUCUGGCUUUUUGUCCAAUUCUCUUUUUCUCAUCAUUAAAAUGAAACUAACAAAAAAUUAGAACUUGUUCAUUCAGCCGGGGAUCAGCAGGAGAUUAUUUCCCUCACUGUACGUCAGCCUGUAACCUUUAAACGGUUAAAGCUACCCUGCUUUUAAAAAUGUAAAACAAAAUCCUUUUAUGCAUAUGAACAAAUGACCAGUGGCAGCUUUUAUGCACUUUUCAUAUUUUACUUUGUUUCAUUCAUUUUCUUGCCACACGUGGGUGUGAAAAGUGGUUUGGAAACCUCAAAUGAAAGCAUUAAAAUUAAGUGUCACCUUUCCCCCUGCAGAACGUCCUUAUCUCCGGAUCCUUCUUAUCUAAUUCCUCUUGAGUUAUUACAGAAGUAAUAGUCUGACCCUCGGGGCAUGUCUGGAUUCAUAUUUGCUGCUACCGUCCCCUUAUUGCUGGAGGAAAGUGCAGUCCCUGGCCGCCACCUGGAACCAAACCCUGAGUAACGCCACAAGCCAGUGGAGCGGCUCGGGAAUCUACUGUGAAACCUCCAUCGAUGGGAUCGGCACCUGCUGGCCCAGGAGCAGCGCGGGGCAGCUGGUGGCGCGACCCUGUCCUGAGAUGUUUUACGGCGUCCGGUACAACACCACCAAUAAUGUUUAUAGGCGAUGUCUUGCAAAUGGGACGUGGGCGUUGAAGGGGAACUACUCCAUGUGUAAGGCCAUCCUUCACGAGGAGAAAAAAAGCAAGAUGCACUACCAAAUAGCCGUGAUCAUAAACUUCCUGGGUCACUGCAUCUCCAUGGUGGCGCUGCUCAUAGCCUUCUUCCUCUUCUUGUGUUUGAGGAGCAUCCGCUGCCUGAGAAACAUCAUCCACUGGAACCUCAUAACCGCCUUCAUCCUGAGGAACGCCACCUGGUUCAUCGUCCAAAUGACCAUGAGCCCCGAGGUGCAUGAGAGCAACGUGAUAUGGUGUCGCCUUGUGACCGCCUCCUUCAACUAUUUCCACUCCACCAACUUCUUUUGGAUGUUUGGAGAGGGCUGCUACCUCCACACCGCCAUCGUCCUCACCUACUCCACCGACAAGCUCCGCAAGUGGAUGUUCAUCUGCAUCGGCUGGUGUAUACCAUUCCCGAUAAUCGUGGCGUGGGCCAUCGGGAAGCUCUACUACGACAAUGAGAAGUGCUGGUUUGGGAAGCGAGCUGGCGUGUACACCGACUACAUCUAUCAAGGUCCCAUGAUUCUGGUUUUAGUGAUCAAUUUCAUUUUCCUCUUCAAUAUCGUACGAAUCCUGAUGACCAAACUGCGAGCCUCUACGACAUCAGAGACCAUCCAGUACAGGAAAGCCGUGAAGGCCACGCUCGUCCUUCUCCCCCUCCUGGGAAUCACCUAUAUGCUGUUUUUUGUCAACCCAGGGGAAGAUGAGAUCUCUCAAAUCGUCUUCAUCUACUUCAACUCCUUCUUGGAAUCCUUCCAGGGUUUCUUUGUGUCAGUAUUUUACUGCUUCCUAAACAGCGAGGUGCGCUCAGCCGUGAGGAAGCGCUUCCACCGAUGGCAGGAGCAGCACUCGAUCCGAGCCAGGAUGACCCAGGCCAUGUCCAUCCCCACUUCACCUUCACGGGUCAGCUUUCACAGUAUCAAGCAGUCCACGUCGCUAUGAAAGAGGAAACCAGCUUUGUCCUACAUGCUCGCGCUUUGGGAGAAACCUCCAGCUGUCGUUGUCAUCCUUUUCUGCCACAUCACUGGAGUAACACUAAAACACUUUCUGCGGCUAGAGAUCUAGAGAGAGGCUGCAUCAGUCUCCUAAACCUCAGGAGGGACAUUACACAGACUUUCAGGAGAAAAUGGAUGGGUACAGGCGGGAGAGGACAUUGCAAUGUUUGUGAAAAUGGGAGGUUAGUGGAUCAAAAAGAUGCACGUGACCAAGCUGAUGAGUGUGUACUGGAGUUUGAAUGUACAGCACUUGUUUAAUUGUCUGUCGUUUCCCCGCUGGCACUUUGUUUUUGCUAACAUCGCCAUCACGAUUGAGGAUUUAUGCUCCUGGACUGCACCGAGCUGGAUUCCAUCUCAGCGGAGUCAUGUGCUAGCAGGGGCCAGUGACUAAGUCGUUACUUAUCCUGAGAUUUUAUUUUAAGUUUUUAUUUUUCUCUCAAGCAGCUGUCUGCUUCUGGUGUUUGUUUAUUUGAUGUUGUGCUUUCUUCCUCUGUUCUCAGCUCGGUGCGCUCGUGCUGCUUUCAUCGACUUUCCAGGAAGGUUAAACACAUUCCAUAAUUCCUACCUGAAGAGUUUUGUUCCAGAAAAAACAGACACAUUUACAGCUUUUACAGCUUUGAGUAACCUCCAAGUGACCCUCUGGGGACAUUUAUGACCCUACGUGUAUAUUUCUGUGACAACUUUAAUUGUUUUCUGUAAGAAGUGGCCCAUUGGGAUGGCAGUGUUUGUCUUCUAUUUACAUUUUCCACCUUUUAUUGCUGCAUUGUGACAGUAACAGACUAAGAACAGCGUGAUUUAGUGCUGCAGAAGCCCAAUAAUGCAAUGAAAACAGCUCAGCUGAUGGAGAAAAUUCAGGUUAACUCCCAUAAUUUCUUACCUCUUAACACUUUAGAAUAUUGGUCAUAGAGAAAGGAAACAUAGUAUGAUGUUAUAAAGAUAUAAUCUAGCCUUUAAAACAAUUUAUUCCAGUAUAGAAUCUAAUGGGGUCAUAAAUGACCCUACUCAGUCACUUUAGUGGCUAUAGUAGCUCAGCUACCUGAGGUUUAAGGUUACUGUCAGUUAGUCUCACAUCAUUCGUCUCCUUUCUGAGCUCAGGUGACUUCUUAGUCGAGCACAAAGAGUGAAAGUGGAGGAAAUAGCCUUUUACUGCAGAAUAAUUACAUGGCUUAACUCUCGCUUAAAGCACAAGCUAUGAUGUGUAUGUUUCUAUUGAUGUACAGAUUAAACAGGCGGGUCGAUACACGAUAAUUAGGGCGGUGUAGGGUGGCUGUGGUUGAGAUGAUGGAGGUAUGUCCACUAAUUGAAUUUAAAAACCUCCUCCUCACAUACAAAGUCCUGGAUGAUCAGGCCCCAUCAUAUCUUAAAGUCCUCUGAGCACCGCAUUAUGCCAAUAGAGCACUUCACACUCAGUGAAAAGAACCUUGAGACGACUGUUUCUGUGAACUGGCGCUAUAUAUGUAGGAUUUAAUCUAACUGAAUUAAUUGCAGGGUUAGCUGUCCAGUCUUCAGCUCCCCCUAUAAUAAAACCCUGGACUGAAAUGGCAUGUGAUAAAAAUCUGCUGGAUAAGCGAAUUCCAUUCAGCUUCAUAAGUGCAUAUUUCUAUAUAUAGCUAGCCUUUGCCCCUUUGACUACAGCUGCUGUGCCAAGUAAGGCUAAUCACUUCCUGGCUUUAGCUCACAUUGGGGCAAAAUAUGGUCAGAACGUCCCUACAGACCAUUUCAAUCUGACCCCAAACAGAGGAAAAUUGAAUAAGAAUCAUCACUCAAACAUCUCAAGGUGAUUGUCUGCUAUGACUGUGUGUGGUUAUCAAAUGCUGACACAACAUUUAGUUGGAAUUUUCUUUUAUUGUAACCUGUAACAAUGGUUUCUAUUCAGCUACAGAGACGUGUAGCCUUUCUUCUAAUUUAUCUUACUGAUCAUUUAUGGUGCCCGUCUCUGCGCCUGCAGAUCUGCCUCAGUAAUAAUUGGUAGAGGGGUUUGUGCCGAUUUGACCUACUUUGGCCUGAGAGGUUGGCUGCAUUCAGACCAUCUCUGAAUCACGUGUGAUGACCUGAAUUUGGCUAAGAUGUAGAUCUGGUUCAGCUUCAGACUCAUUGGGACUCUUGGGUGUCUCUUUGGCUGUGAUUUUACUCCUGGCACACUGGUUCUGGACCAUUUUGAAGCCAGACCAGUUUGGAUACAUGUGUACUCAGAAAGUGCACACAUGGCAUAUUUUGUUUUCUAUACACACACACACACACACAGUAACCAUGCAUGUAUCUCACAUAUUCUCAUCAUCUUAUCCAAACUAAAUUUACCUAGAAAGAAUAAACCUUUGUGGGCAGAAAAACAAUAUUAACAUUAGAAAGUUAAUGUGGCAACAUACAUUCAAUUCUAGAUAUAAGAAAGACUUUUUUUUUAAUUAACCCACUUUCAAAAGAUCAAAUGUUUAAUUAUUUAAUUGAGAAAUAAUUAGUAUAAUACCUGUGAAACUAUUUAUAUUUUCUCUCUGGCACUUACCUCUAGAAAAACAUAAGUCUAAGCAUAAGAGAAGCAGCUACUAAAUGCUUCACUGUGUUCACCAACUCUGUUUGUUUACAUCUGAAAGAAACAAAAGAAACAGAAAAACCAAAAGAAUCAGAAUAUUUAAAACCCCAAACUAUGACCUGAAAGUUGCUCAAAAAGAGAUUUUUAGAGAUGUAACCACAGGACCAGUGUGAGUGACAGCAUGUUUCACAUUACUUGGACACACAAUACAUUUAAUUUUGUGGCACUUUAAAUCAAAUUAAGCGUUGUGUUAGUUCAGGUCACGAAGUGAUUAAAGUCUCUGCGGCAUCCCGCGUGGUUUUCUUUUACACAUCCUGUUGGUUAAACUUCUCAGAGCCCACAGUUUCACUCCUUCAGCCUGCAUGUAGUUGCUGUGAAUCUGCAAGCCACUUUGCAACCAGUCAUGUCAUGGAAAGAUUCUGCGUUAGUGGUCCUUUUAGUGCAGAGACUUUCACAAAGUAUAAAAACUGUGCAGUGAGAAUGAGUGGACCACGUGUUCAGCAGUUCCUUUAUUGCUUGUAAGUUAGUUAGUUGUUAUAUUUUUUACUUGUCAGGGACCAGACACAAAAGGAUUGAACUCAUAUGAGAAAAGAUGCCUUAUACUGGAUUUAGCUACAAGCACUUUAAAUACACACAAUAUUAAACAAGCCUAUACUACAAAUGCAGAUAAGAACUACAAGAUAAUCAAAUGUACAAGCUUCUUCUUCUUUAGUGGAUCAUCUGCUUCUGUUUCACUCUUUCUGUAGCAUCCACCUCUGUCACAUGACCCCCCUCACAACACCCAUGAAUCUUCACUGCAGUCUGUGCUGUUCGUCCUGCCUGGCAGCUGCCCUGUCCGGACUCCAAACACCUCAAUCUGAUGUACUUAUUUCUAAUCCUUUUCAUGCUGGAUUCUUCUAAUGAUAAGUACAGUUUCCACCGGCACCCUGUUAGCCAACAGCAUCAGGGGUGGUCAUUUAUCCACCCCGGACCCUGACUCAUUAUGAGUCACGUGUUUGAUUCGACUGCCCUUUCUGACGCAACCCAUCACAUUUAUCUGGGCUUGGGACAGGAAGUACGCAGUGUUGUGCUCGGCAGUGGCAGCAACAGGUAUAAAUGACCACAGAUAUGAUUUCAACUGAGUCGAAAAUAACAAGAAAGCUGGGAGAGAAGGUGGGUUGUAAAGCAGCUUUUACAUGUCCAAAGUGCUAUGCUCAAAGUGUCACCCAUUUGAAAGCAAACCAAGUUAAAAUUAUCAGUCAGAAUUUAGUUUAAAAAAAAGGAAUAAUCUUUAUAGAAAGCAAAUGAAAUGAUCAUGUUUUACAAGUUUUAGUCAGACCACCGCCUCCUCCGAUGGUCUUUGUGGAACAAAACUCUUCAGCUGAUCAAAGAGACUUAAUAGAUCGACUCGACCAGCAAGCAAAGGGUUCCUCCAUCCAGGGUGGUGUUUAUACUCAUUCACACCUUUCUGUGGCGUUCGAUUGACUUGAACACUUGCAGUAACUGUAUUUACUGAUGACCUGUAAAUAUAUAAAUAUCAGAGGUGAGUGUGAUGGGAGGGGGCUUUAAAAUCCACGAAUAGAAACCAAAAACACAAACCACACACUGUAAAUCAUAUGGGCACAUUUUCCAUGUGAUCAGCAAUUCACAGUCCACAUUCCUUUGAUACCAGUAUGCCUAGCACCUGUGCAUUUUUAUGAGAAAAUUGUAUAUGAACCUUUUCUUUUCGUCACCCUAUUACUAUAAUUUUUUUUACCCCUUGUAAGUGAUGUGUGAGCUCUGGUUGUGAUAAAAAAAAAAAAAAGUCAAAUUAUUUUAAGUAAUUGAGUUUUACAUGAUGCUGAUCAUCACUUGUAACAGAGCAGCUGCUUUCAGCUUGAUUCCAGCCUUUUGUGGUGGAGAAAAUUCAAAUUAAACGAAAGAAACGUGUAGUCGUCAUGCAAUUGUGCUAGGAAUUUUCAAAAUAAAGGUUUUACAUCAGCAAGAAUAAGAAAUAUAGAAACCAUGCAAAGAGAAUCUUCAUCGUUUUGUGGUACGUAUACGGUGGUCAAUGAAAAAUCACAAUGUCAUUCAAAUUAUUAUUUAUUGUUAUUUAUUUUCAAUAUUGUUAUUUUCAUACUUGAAAAAAAUGUCAAGCGAUAAUAAACUGUGUGUUGCAUUUGACUGAAUGAAAAAUUGAAGAGAUUUAUUUAUAGACCAGUUUUUCUGAAAACAAGCCUGUAAAAAAAAAAAAAGACACCAUUACCCGCGAUGGAGACUCCGGAUCACACAGCCAUUUGUCUCCACAGUCCCCCGAGACGAAAGCAAAGAAAGAAAACACAUCCUGAGUAUCGUGUGAUCCUCUUAAGCUUUGUGUGUGAGUCUCGAAGGGGAGCACAGCCCAAAUCUGGCUUUUAAAUAAGAUCCUUCUGCCCAAGUGAACAUUCACCAUUUUCUGGGUAUGAGAAGGGAGGGGUCUUUGUGUGUGCACUAAAACACAAAGAAAGGACCACAGAAAUCGACUUUAACAGUAUUCACCAUGAUGCACUAUUGCUUAAUUGAAUGCAAACGCUUAAAGAGAACAGGAAGGUUAGUCGUUGCCUGCGGAGCGGCUUUUGGGGGGACGAUUACUCUGUCAUCUCAUGGAUUCACUCUUCCACUCAGGGCUUCUAGCUUUGGGAGAGUUACUCAUAUUCGCAGUUCCAGAUAAAACUACAGUCAGCAUGAUUCAAUUUCCUAUUCUCAUUACUUCUUGUCAUGAUUACAUAAUGACUGUUUGUUUAUGUGGAGAAGCAUCAAAGUGUUGUAGUAAACAAGUUUGGGCCUUUUUCUUACAUGUGCACAAAUUUACAGUUUAUGGCAUAAACACUGGAAAACAAAUGAAAUUCUGUGAAAUAUGAGACAUGAGUACAUUAUAGACUGUAUACAAAAGAUGGACGUGGCCACUGUGACGUCAUACAUUGGUUUCUGAAAUCCUGUUUUCAAACCUUGACUUUAGGAUUUUGCUCAAUAGCAGGUUGUUGCUUUUUGAGGGUGGAGUACUAAAUUAUUAACUAAUGCUAGUAAUGUUAGCAAUAUAGGCUAAAGAAAGAACAUCACACGCACAGCGGUGCUUGCUAGCUAGUACCAUUACAACAAAAAUAAUAUAAUUUAACUCACCUAUAUUGGAGUAAUAGACCUUUUGGACAGUUGGUAGAAUUAGGGACACCACACAGUCAGUUUAUUAUUCACACUAUUUUUGUCUGCAUGUUUUAGUAUUCUUAUUUCCUAUCAUCCUUGCCAUCUGACAAGGAUGUCCCCUGGGCGCCUCCUGGGUGAGGUGUUCCAGGCAUGUCCCACCGGGAGG